UUUACUACGGUCUUUCCAUUCCAUCAUCGAGUAUUCUACUGCCGUGAUGUACAUCUUUACAAGCCAAACUAUGUACCUGAAGAUUUCAACGUCUACGUCUCCUACCCACUUCUCUACACUCUUGGAUUCGUACUGCCACCCCUAGUUAUGUUCAUCGGUGAGGUGAUGUUUUGGCUGUUUUCAACGAAACCACGAAAGACAGUCUAUGCAAAUUGUGGCGAAUGCAAAGUGCAUCUGUUCACAAGGCGACUUCUCCGAUUUAUCGCUGUGUUCCUAUGUGGAGCGUUGGUGACUCAAAUAUUCGUUGAUACGAUCAAAUUGAUGACCGGCUACCAGCGACCAUAUUUUCUUUCCCUUUGCAACGUAUCUAUAAGUGCUUGCACAGCUCCAUUAGAGCAUUCACCAUCACCAUCGCCUCAUCUUGCAUGUAAUUUCCGAGGAGCUGAUGAGUUACGUGCUUGCACAGCUCCGCUGGAGCAUUCACCAUCACCAUCGCCUCAUCUUGCAUGUAAUUUCCGAGGAGCUGAUGAGUUACGGUAUGCUUGGCUCACAUUCCCGUCAUUGCACGCCGCCUUUUCCAGCUAUUCCUGUAUCUUCGCAUCGUGCUACAUCUACUACAUGAUCAAUCUUCGAGGUGCUCCUCUUCUUCGUCCAUUCCUCAUCUUUGGAUUCAUUGGUUUGUGCAUCGUCGACUCGUUCUCACGCAUAAAUGGCUACAAAAAUCACUGGCGAGACAUUUGGGUCGGAUGGCUAAUCGGCUUUCUUAUCGCUUUCUUCCUGUGUCAUUGUGUCCUAUGCUUCCAAGAAAUCUAUCAUAUGGUCAUAGAGAAGCCGGCUGUGGUUGAAGAACGCGUAUCGCCGUUCUUCUCAUGGUUCCGACUUCCAAGAGUUCAAGCUCCAUCCGUGAGAGAGGAAUAUGUAGUUUAUGAAGAAGAUGUACCCCAGACGGAGACCAUGCCUCGUCAUCGCAAGAAUCAGGAUCGACAAUAUGAGGUAACAACGACGACCGAAUCCUACCAUCGAACGAUCAGCCCUCCACAACAUAACGGCUAUCAAUAUUGA